GGACAUGUAUAUGAAAAGAAUGUGAAUUAUGAAAUAGAAAGCGAUACAAACGAUGAAACAGAAAGUUAUACAAACAAUAAUACAGAAAGUGAUUAUGAAAAGGAUUCAAACGAUGAAACAGAAAGUGAUUAUGAAAAGGAUACUAAUAAUGGAUCGGAUAAUGAACUUGAAAGGGACACUAAUAUUAGAUCAUAUGGUGACAACCGUACUUCUGAGAAUAUCAAUAGCUGUCACUUACCUCUAACUCGCAUUGAACUUUACUGUGGAAAGAUCUUUGAGACAUGGGAAGAAUGUCAAGAAACAUUAGAGCGUUAUGCUCGCCAAAAUAACUUUACUGCACCACUUGAAAAGCAAAGAAAUAAGGGUUCGAAGAGGAUUAAUUGCCCUUUCCUUGUAAAUACGUCCAAAAGUAAAAAUUCUAAUGAGAUGAAAGAACUUAUUGAAAGCUAUACGCUUUGUGAUCUCGAUGUUCCAUCACAGGUUCAGUUACUUCGUGGGUUGUUCCCUGAAGCAACAAUUGUAGAUUAUGAUAGUGGUGAUGCUGCAAAGCUUCUCCAGCAUCUUGAAGAAGAACGUAUGAAGGAUCCUGACUGGUAUAUUCAGUCAUUAAUUGACCCAGAUACAAAUAGGCUACAAGGUGUAUUCUAUAUGAAACCUAAACAACGAAAACUUUGGCGACGCUAUGCAGAUAUUGUCUUAAAUGACAAUACAGCAGCUACCAACACUUACUGUUUACCAUUAAGCAUUUUUGCUAUUGUUGACAACAACUUUAAAUCGCAAAUUGUCACACAAGGUAUAUUGUCUGAUGAAACAAGUGAAAGCUAUAGAUGGCUUUUACAACAAACAAUUGAAGCUACAGGAGUUCAGCCCGGUGCAUUUAUAAUUGAUGCAGAUCUAGGUCUUGAAGGAGUUGUUCCGGAAAUAUAUCCUGAUACCUACCUUCUUUAUUGUGCAUUUUAUCUUGCUCGAAAUAUUCAAUACAAAGAAGCAUUUGAAAGAUAUUGGAAACAACUAAUGAUUGAUUUUCCACAAUCAACUGAAUAUCUACUUAAACAGCUUGAUCCACGCAAAACAACCUGGGCGAAAGCAUUUACUAGUCAAAUUUUUACAGCAGGCAUAACAUCUAUACAACGAUCUGAGUCAAUAAAUAGCAUGAUUAAAAGAACUGUAAAUGAACGAACCCAGCUUCAUAUUCUUUUUAAACGAAUUGAAAUGCAUAUAGCAGAAGAACAAUUUACAAGUUUGUUUUCUGUUUGGCAUAAUAAAACAAGAUCAUAUAUGGCACCAAGUAUUCCUGGCCGACUUUUUCUAAAUAUUUAUGAUAGUUUACAAAAAUAUAUAAUGCCUAAAAUUCUACAACUACACGUUGACCAAAUGAAUGAAGCAGUCAUGUAUUAUAGCAGAAAAACUAAUUUGAAAGAAAUUUAA